CGCCGCUGGUGCGCGAGACGUCGCGGUGGGCCUGGAGGCCGCGGCUGGAGCAGUGGCCAUGGGCGAGCAAGGACAAGCCGAAGAUCUUCGAGUCCAUCGUGCUGGAGGACACGCUGAAGGAGCGCCUGCAGUGGAGCACCAACGCGCUGGUCAGCGCGCAGCAGAACGGGACGCCCUUCCGGCACCUGCUGCUGCACGGCAAGCCGGGCACGGGCAAGACGCUCUUCGCCAGGACGCUGGCGCGGGAGUCUGGCCUCGACUACGCCGUCAUGUCUGGCGGCGACCUGGGGCCUCUCGGGCGGGAGGGACCCUCGGAGCUGCACAAGCUCUUCCACUGGGCCUCAAAGUCUCGCCGCGGGCUGGUUCUGUUCAUCGACGAGGCGGACGCCUUCCUGAGACGGGGCCGGGGUGGGGACACCACCAUGAGCGAAGACGCCCGGAAUUGCUUGUCCGUUUUCCUCCACCACACCGGCACGGAGAACGCUCGGGUGGCUGUCAUAUUGGCAACCAACAUCCCUAGCUCCCUGGACCGGGCCGUGUUGGACCGCAUGGACGAGGCGUUCGAGUUCCCCAUUCCGAUGUACGAUCAGCGUUUGGCGAUGUUGCAAAUGUUUGUGGACAGGUACCUGAACCAGCCCUUCAGGCGUGGCAAGAAGAUCGAGGUCGAUGCGAACGUGAACGACCCCGAGUACUUCGCCAAGAUCGCCAGAGAAACCGAGGGGAUGUCUGGGAGGCAACUGGCCAAACUGGUACUGGCGUUCCAGUCCGCCGUUUUUGGCUCUGGCACCAUGCGCCUCACGCAAGGCCUUGCCGAGGCGGUGCUCCAGUGGAGGCUGGCAAACCCGAACGCGUAA